GGAGAGGAGAAGCCUGAAGUGAACUAACUGAACUUGCUAGUUCGACACCAGCAGAGCCCCUCACGGAUGCUACCAGUAAAGGAGGGAGGCCAAGGUCUAUUUUAGGACUGGGCUGGUAGCUGCGAAGUGCUGAAUGGGGAAUCCAGGCCAAACUGAUUCUUCGGGCUCCAGCCAGCCACAGGGGCAGAACCAACGGUACCCCGCCGUCAGUCUGUUCUCUUUGAUUCUUAGGUCUUUUCUCCUGGCACCCUGUAUUCAUGGCCCUGGCGUUCUGCCUCUGCAUGGCUGAGGCCAUCCUGCUCUUCUCGCCCGAGCACUCCCUGUUCUUCUUCUGCUCCCGAAAGGCCCGGAUCCGACUCCACUGGGCAGGGCAGACCCUAGCCAUCCUCGGUGCAGCCCUGGGCCUGGGCUUCAUCAUCUCCAGCAGGACCCGCAGUGAGCUGCCCCACCUGGCGUCCUGGCACAGCUGGGUAGGGGCUCUGACGUUGCUGGCCACUAUCAGCCAGGCACUGUGUGGACUUUGCCUCCUGUGUCCCCGGGCAGCCAGGGUCUCAAGGGUGGCUCGUCUCAAGCUCUACCAUCUGACAUGUGGACUGGUGGUCUACCUGAUGGCUACAGUAACUGUGCUUCUGGGCAUGCACUCUGUGUGGUUCCAGGCUCAGAUCAAAGGUGCAGCCUGGUACCUGUGCCUGCUGCUGCCCCUCUAUCCAGCCCUGGUAGUAAUGCACCAGAUCUCCAGCUCCUAUUUGCCAAGGAAGAAAAUGGAAAUGUGAGUUCCUCCAAACUCUGAAUUGAAAUGGGACACUUGACUUGGACUUCACUGGCUCCUUUAGUGACCUUCAGGGAUCCACUUCAGAAGGGGUGGGGUUUUUGUAUGUCUUAGCUGGGGUGGAGGCUGCAGAAACCCAAGCUGCCAUUGCUGACAGAUGACUCAGCGGGCCAAAAUGGGGAAAUGGAUGGGGCACAAGUGACAGGUGAUGGGGAGCUUGAUCCUGAAGCCUCCACUCUUGAUGGGAGAGAGUGUUGGGUGGUGCUGAUGGUGCUGGCAGUCAUUUCUUGCUUGCAUGCCUAAUGAAAAAUUGGAUUCCUGUAACUUAUGAGUGGCAGCAGCUCUUUGGGUCACUUUGAGAAAGCAGUGUAGUGGAGAGAGCCAAUGUACUUUUUUUUUAAUGGGUAUGGUCCUUAUAGGCUCUGUUGUGCAACCUUAUGUGAGUCCGGUGUCUCAGGGACUCAGUUUCCUCAUCUCUGUAAUGGGCAAUAUGGUCGAUUGUUUCUAAACAAUCUCUCCUAGCAUUCAGUGUCUGUCAAGUUGAUGUCACAGAGCACCUUCCCGGCCCUGAACCGUGGCUGAACCACCCAUCAGACUCAGGGUGUAAUUCUCACAUUCAUUGUCUCCUUACCACUCUAGAGGGACCAAUAUGGUCUCCUGGCUUUCCAAGAACCUGUGCUGAUUUGGCCCCUGACAAAGCCUCAGGGGCUGUGGAGAGAAGGGCCCAGGUGAAGGUCUCCAGAACACCAAGACAGUAAGGGCCAAGAGGCACCUUAAACUUCUGGAGGAGCAGAAAGGCAUUGGCUUAACCAGGCUUUGGCUCCUGGCUGGGUGUCUUAGCCCAGCUAAGAACUUCCUUCAGCUAAUCUUGGGAUCUGGGCUUGGGGCUGGAGGACGUCCAUUCUCAGUGGCAGAGCGGUCCUGAGCAUCUCGUGUUUUGCCCUUCUUAGGGCUUGGGUCCUUGCCUUAGCACAUAUCUUCCUGGAGCUAUUCCAAAGCUUUUAGAACAAAGAAAAAGCCAAGGAAAUGGGGCAGGGCACUUCUGAUCUAGAGAAAACAGUCUCCCUAGUUCUUCUCCCUUCAUCAGCUAAGCUUCCCUUCAGUAUUGUCUCUUGCCAGCUCUUUGGCCCAGGAGGGGGUUGAAUUUGGUGCCAGCUGGCAAAUGAGGGCUGGGCUCUCUUCCCUGCAUAGACCCCUCCUCGUUACAGACUGAAAGUAGUUCUGCAGACUGCCCUCAUCCCUCGUUGGUGAGAGUUGGAUGUUACAUUGGUUAACUAUGGUCUGGCUCAUUCAGAGAGUUGGGACCUCCAUUGUGGUGGUUGGCGGUGGUUUAGUUGCUAAGUCGUAUCUGACUCAUGGACUGUAUGCUGCCAGGCUCCUCUGUCCAUUGGAUUGGGACCUCCAUAGAUCAUGGUGAAAACUGAGAAUGGCCGAGCCUGGAAAGCAGUGUUGAGGCAGGUAGAGAGAGCUCAGUGGGAACUCUGGGAGACCUGUGGAGUAGGGCCUAGAAUUUGAGGUCCCAGGGGCAGGGGGAGGUGUUCCUAGAUAGCAAUAGUUUGUAUAUCCCAGGCCUCUAGAAGAUUCCAGACCUCCUCCCUGGGUGACUCAGCAGCAGGGAGCUCAGUAUGAUUCGACAGGACAGGCAUGAGUAUGGCAGGGGCAGAAGGAUCCUCAGAGCAAACUGUGCUGGGUCAGAUGGCAUCUCCUAGGAGCACCCCAGAUCCUGCGCAUCUCAAGGGGGCCCCUGCUGAUUAUUCCUGUCUCUUUCAUUGCCCUUUUUCCACUUUCCAGCUCUCCACUGUGGUCUGACCUUGGGAGAGAUGGCUACUGGGGCUGCAUGGAGGAGAUUGUUACCUCGGGUCAUUCUGGCCAGGGAUUCCCUCUCUGCUGGCCCAUACAGUCAGUGCUGGGAGUCUCACUCUGUCUCUAGCAGGGUAGGAAGGAUGGGUGAGCUUGCUUGGGGAGCCAAGCAGGCAACACCAGAGAGCCUGAGCCUGCCUGAGGUGUUGCCUCCUCCCAGGUGGUGCGGGGGAUGGUGGGCGGGCAGGCGGGCUGACAGCCGGCAGUUUGCGUGGGCAGUGCCAGCUGAUGUCUAUUCCCAGCCCUGGGAGGAAGGGGGAAGUCAUUUAUAUGCUGCAGGAGGAAGGGGCCCCAGCUGUCACUUCUCUGACCGGUAGGCCCCGGGUGGGGGUGGGCAGGGGCACAGGGUAGAGAAGGGGGCACAGGUGGUCUCUGCUUGCAGCAUUGGGAGGAGGUCACAGGAGGAGCCCUUCUUCCCAGCUGGCCGGAUUGUGGAGGGACUUCCCUCCCCUCCCCUCCUUGCUCCUUCGAUCACCACCUGCCCCCCCAUCUUAGGGCAGCAGCUGGACAGCCAUUAGACCUCAGUGCCAAGGCACUCUUCCUCCAGCUGGGAUCUCGGUGGCUGGUGGCUGCAUAUGCCUCCUGCUUGUGUUUCCUCCCCCUGCACCCUCUGUCCCCCCGCACCAUCCAGUGUCUCUCCAUCUGGGGUAUUAUCUGGGCUCCUCAGAAAUGAGGCAGAGGCCUUGAAGGAGAAACGAAUGGCUGCCCUUUUGCCCUUGUCUGACUGAGCAAAGCUGCUAGUAGCCGGCCUCUUUUGCCUUUAAAAAUAAAAGCCAGGGUGCUCGAGACUUUUUUAAAUUUCCGUGUCAUUUGCAAAAAUUUGCAUAUCAGGCUCACUAAGUCCUGAUUCCAAAUAUGAUUACAUUCAAACUCAACCUUGAGGACAUUAGAAAUAUAGAUGGUUUUUGUAUCCACAUCCAGAUGGUAAUAGGAUUACCAUUCUGGAUUCAGAUACCACACCCAAGCCCCCAUCUUUCCCUUGCCCACCCUUUCCCCUCCAAGCUCCACUCCCCCACCCCCCACCCCCCACUGGGGGUGGUGUUGAAUGGCAGGAGCUCUGUGUGGGGAAGUCUCCCAGCCUCACCUGGGCUUUUCAGCUGCAUUAAAGGUAUCUCUUGCCAGGCUGUGCCGCCUCCUAGCCCCACCCUCUCACAGGGCACCCCCACCCCUCCCCACUCCCUGACACUAGCCUGUCCUCCCCUCCUCCCCCAUCACACCAGGCAUGGCUGCCAUGGGUCUUGUUUUUAAAACCUCACUGUCGGAGAUCCAGGCAUUCUCCCAGAGCCAGCUGGCUGCUGUGCCAAGGUCUGCUCAGAGUUAAUGAUAAUCAUUAACUGAACAGGGCUGGGGCCUUUCAGCUCCAGAUCUCCAAGCACUUGCAGACUGAGUCAGCCAGCCCUCACCUUCCCCCUCUUCCUGGGCUGCAGAGGGAGGAGGGGUCAGGAGUCUUACCUCCCAGCCAUGCUUUGAGCCUUCUUUCCUCUUGGAAGCAUCCCUGAGCAUCCUCUGAGUAAACCAAUCAGGUCUUUUCACCUGACAAAAGGACACAGUGUAUGCUUCGUUGACACCGGUAGUGGCAUUGGUGGUUGUUGACCUUGAAUCUCUAGUACUCCUGCCUAGCCUUCUGUUGACCUGUCUUGGCCUCCAGGGGAUACCCCUGACUCCCCCAGCAUUUCUGAUGACUCUCUGCAGGCUUAGGGAGCAGGGAGGCUCCUGGUUUAGUGCUCCUGCUGCCCCUGCAUCUGGUUGGCAUAAAGAGCCUAUGUAUCAUGAAGUGAAAAGCACAUCGAUCCGGGAGCUAGGAAACUUGCAGUCUGGGUUUACCCAGCCCCUGACACUGGUGUGGCCACAGGCAAAUCACUUACUGCAUGACCUAUCUCACAGGGAUGUUGUGAGCACCAGAUGACAGAAUGCAUGUUAACAGGCAUUGGGAUGUUCAAAGUAGUAAACACAUGCCAACAGGUGGCUUAUUAUGUUCCUGUCCUUAUCUCUUACUCAUUCCUGGCUCUGGGUUUUAUGCUUCUUUUAGGGAGGCAAUAAAUAGUUAUGGAUAAUGAUGCUUAGGGGAUCCAAGUCUCAGAGAGGUUGUAUUGCUGGCCACCGUCAGAGAACACAGACAUUUCCUCCUAGAUGCAACGUCAGGAGUGCUAUGGAGGCUAUGACUCUAGUGAAGCUUGUCCUAAGUUGCUGCCAGCUGAUGUGUUCAAGUCAUGGGGCUGAUUGCAGAUCUGGAGUCAGUUCAGUUAUGCCCCAGGUCCAGCCUGGAGCUCCUGGUUGCAAGUCUAUCUAAGUUUCUCCUGGCUAAUCCUGCUCUUCGGAGGGAAAGGUGGAGCGGACGGGCUAGGAAGGGAAGAGCAGCAGUGGACCCACACUGCCACGCCAACUCUCUGGCUGCCCCUGUCCCCACAGGCUGCCUCAGGCCCUCACCCAGGGCGGAGGUGGGAAGCUGUGAGGCACAGCCCCUGGCUUGUUCACAGCUUUGUUUCUCCUUCCUUGUUUCAGACUCUCGGAGGAGGAUCACCGUCCUUUCCUCCUCAAAGGACAUCACUGAAAUUAACACACACAUGCACAUGCACCAUGAAGGCAGUUUUGUUUAACUUGAGGAUACUUUCCAUUCCAUUGGUCUGAGAACAGUCAGCAGUCUUCCUCAAGUGGACACAGAGAGGCAGGCACCAUAGUAGCACAGAGGCCUCAGUAUUUUUUAAUCUUGGGUGUUCCGCACCCCCCACCCCCCAUCCUGGGAUCCAGGAAUGAAACACUGAUCAGGCAUUGUGGUCAUAGCCUCAACAACUGUCACCAGUGUAGACACAGGGAAGACACAGCUGAAAGGCAGGACAGGGCCCCAGAACUGCUCCGGAGGGUGAUUUAACAUAGAUGGUCUCCACCUCAGCUUAAAGCAGGCAGAUUCCCUCCAGUAAGACAACCUUCUCCCUACCCACCCACUCACCCAGAAGCCUUGACUAACUCACCAGUGUGCAGGGAAUAAGUCCCAGUUUUAAUUCUACCUGCUUCAUCAGAAUUUCCUAGAUUUUGUAAAACCUCUUUUGAAAGCAUUUUAAGUAGCUACUUCAGGUGAUUCUAUCCUCUGGUAUCAGAGGAUUCAACUCUGUCUCACUGAGUAUUCAUGAGGCCCCCCAGCACCCUUGUCUUUCAGGCAGAUUCCCCGUUAUCUCCCAGUGCUUUCUAAGGAUUCCCAGGACUGGGCUAGACCUUUCUGCUGAGGUCUACACCUAAAGCAAGGUACGGCCAAGGGAAGGAGCAGUGGGAAGUGAAGGGAAAGCGGCAUGAAGUUCUAUCCAGCUGCAGUGCUCCCUAACCUGUGUGUAUUUGCAAACACAUAUGCAUACAAGCCUCCAACUCUGGGGUCAACGACUCUUCCUUUCUGUAUGCUAGUGCUGUAGGGCACCUAGAAGUCCUUGCAGGGUCCUAUGUCCGAAAGGUUGGUUCUCUCCACACCCGCUGUGAUUCUGGGACUAUAACCAGGCUGAUGUCAACUGGAAGGCCUCAGGGCAAGUCUAAGUAUCUGUACCACUUGAUGUUUUCCACACAACAGGCUAUAUGCCUGAUGAUGGGGCCUGAUGUGGCAGCUGCUUUUAGCUUUCCUCUCUCAACCCCGGGGAGAGGAAGCAUCCAGCGUAGGCUCCCUGUAGCCAGAUCAAACAAGCUGACCGUACCCCUGAAUGGGCUUGAGUCUUUUCGGCAGUGUGGGUGGGGCAAAUGAAGCUUCUCCAGUGGUUGCUUCAGAGACAACAUAAGGGGGUCCAAGAGUUACAACUGCAGAAAGGGAAGGAGUUGAGAGAUCAGAUGGAAGAGAGACCAGGCUGGCCAAUCCACUGAACUCUCAUUUUCUGUUCUAAAAGAUAACCAUCGUAUUAACCUUGUCUGUUCUCCGGCAGUGCCACCUAAGAGGAGCUAGGGAACGAGCCGCAAGACACGGCAGACCAAAUGGCACAUCUUGGCCAGAAUUUAUGGAACUUCUUAGGGGGAUGGGGAGGGUUGAAGAGAUGUAGCCUUGGGAUGACAGAGAAAGGAGUAUCAAAACUUCCUAGGUGCAGAGACAGGGCUUGGCACAGGCCAAAACAGAGGGGAGGAUUUUCAGUAGGCUUCUUCCCCAGACCUGUUCUCUUUACCAGCUCGUCCUCUGGGCUAAACUCAGCCAUAGCAAAAACUGCUUUGAAAAGAUUAAAAAAUACCAAAUAUAUGUAGAUUCUGGGGGCGCCCUGGCAUCAACAUCUGUCAUUUCAUUGACUGCCAAGGUUGAUAUGUCUGAUGUGACUGGCUGUGAGGUGUCUCCAUCCCUCACUCUUUAGUUGUUCCCUCAUGAAAAGAAAAAGACAACUUUCCAGACAGAAGAGGACCGCCCUUCAGUCAAGAUUUUAUCAGUGUAAUAAAGGAGGUAAUUAUUCAAAUUCUGAUUCUUUAUUUUUUUCAGCCGUACUGCAUGGCUUGAGGGAUGUUAGUUUCCCACCCAGGGACUGAACCCAGGCAGGCCCUGGGCAGUGAAAAUGCCAAGUCCUAACCACUGGACCACCAGGGAAUUCCCCAAAUUUUGAUUCUUUUCAUUUCUUUUUUUGUUAUACCACUUCCCCUCCCUUUUGGGAAUCUACCAUGACAAUACCCUUCCAGAAGUACCAAGAGAAUAGCCAAAGAAACUGCCUAUUCAGAGAUCAGUAGAAUCUGGGCCAAUUUAUGAUAGGCUGUCUCCUGUAACAAAAAAGCGGGGACUGCAUUUCUCUGUUCAAUGCAAUGCUAGGACACAUUACACUGUCAAUGAAUAUUCACCUGCCCAUUAGACUAAUAUACUUUAAGCCAAACUAAGAUGGUUACCACUCAUAACAUGAACAUAUAUUGGUAAUAAUCAAAAUACUGUGGACCCAAGCUGCUCACCAUCAUUUCUUUUAACCCAAUUCAAACAUUUUCCACGGUAGUUUGUAGGCUUGAUCCAGACUUUCAAGAGGGCUCUUGAGGGAGACAACCCUCCUCCCCAGGGAUCCAGAAAGCCUUCAUUAGCUACAGUCUCUAGCCCCAAGUCAUGGAAUUUCUAGACUCUCUCCUGCUAAAGUGUCAAUGACAUUUCUUUUGAGAACAUUGGGUUGGCAAAUUUGUCUGCUGGCCAAAACCAACUUGCUGCCUGUUUUUUUUUGUGGUCUGUGAGCCUGUAAGAGUUUUUGCAUUUAUAUAUGGUGGAAAAAAACCCUCAAAUACAUGUUACAAUGAUAUGAAAAUCACAUUUCAAUGUCCAUAAAUAAAGUUGACUGGAACAGAG